CGUUGCGAACGACACCGAGCAAUUUUCGAUGCGCCCGUUCUGAUUUGCUGGCCCAUACAACGGGGCGGCUCUGAACAACGAGGCCCGUCGAUCGAAACCCCGACCCUUCGCGGAAGCAAAUUGAGUCUGUUUCAGGAACGUUCUUCCGAGGCGACGAUGGGACCCAUACUCGCCUACACUGGAUCACGCUAACGUACGGCAGGCUCCAACGUGGCGUCGCCGGGCCCCUUCCCGUUGUAUUCUGCUACGCGGUCACCAUGGCCUGGACAACGGACUUGACGUGUGUCGUGGCUGUGAGGUGUGACCUCAGUUGGCCUACUCAUCUAUUAGAAGCACAGACAUCAUGAUGCUCCAUCAUACUCUUUAAAGCAGGCCGGCCUCUGCGAUCCUUUGCUCUCCUCACUCUUCCAUGAGACUAUGGCUCUCAAGAGAUACCUCAGCACUCUCGUGUUCCCCACCUCUCCUCGUCGUUCUCGUACAGCGUCCAGUGAAUCGCCAGUCAGCGCGCGCUCGCCCAUCGAGGACCUGCGGGACUUUUGGAAAGCGACUUUCGAAGAGUCACUCAAGCAAGGCGAGAGGUACAGGGAGGACGCACUGGCUCGCAUGCGUGCGCAGCGGGGGCUACUCUCCGACGCAGAGGUAUGGGAUCUGCAGACCAUGAACGACGGGCUUGUGGUGGAACGAGACGAUCUCUCGGACUUUGCCCAGAGCCCGGAGAGGCUGAGCUUUGAGGUCGUUUCACGAGCAUCCCGAUACAAGUCUCGCGCCCAGUCCCUGUACUCGGAAGUGAGGGAGGUCGUCCGGCGCUCCCGGGCCAGUAUCGAGAGCGCCCAGAUGAGAGCUUCCGAGUACAGGCACGCGGAGCAACGAGGGGCAGUCACCAGACACGCAGACGUUUCUGACAGCCUUCCGUGUGGAAGUUCGGCUAUACAUAGCCGUUCACAGCAGCGCGCCGAGGGCCACUAUGCCGGAGCGGAACUCUGCGGUUCGCCGCCGGCAUGCAACUCUUCCUCGUCUUCGUCCUCCUACAGUCGUUUCCCCCUUGCCUCUUCCGACAGACAUGCGGCUCUCAUUGGCUCCGUGUCGAAACCACACGGAUCAUCAUGGGAAACCACGAUUGACGAUGAGAAUUAUGGCAUCCGACAGGUAUCCUCAGGUCCUGGUACCAAUGAAACCAUCCUUCCGAGGUCUGAGAAGCAAGGGGUCGACAUUGGCCAAUGGGCAGCGGAUAUCGGAAAGCAUAUGGGCGGUGUGGCCCAGAGACGUGGUGCAUACGAGCGGCGCUCAACUCAAUCAGACUUGUCGGAACUGUCAGAGUUCUCGCCCGGCCCACCUACACCGCACUCCUCGCCGCAGUCCUCUCCACCCUCGGCGGACUUGUCUACGUCUCCUGCCUUCCUCAAAAAGCUCGACGAUGCCCUGAAAGGUCUCAACGUCUCCCUCACAGGUCUCGAUGUGGGAUCUGUCGAAGAUCACAGCCAAGUGUUCGUGGACACGUCGUUCACGAUGCACCGAACGUCUCCCACUCAUCUCCUAAGCCGUGGCAAGACGCACAUGCUUCGCGGACCCAGGGAUCCCAUUCGGGCGACGCAGUCGCAGCUCAACCCCGUAUUACCGCUUCCGUUCCGCCCCGUGCCUGACCUUAGACGUGCUGCAAGCCAGCCUCAGUUGCAGUCGCGGGCCCCGCGCGAGCGACUCCCGGUGCUAUUCACGCGGGAGGACAUUGAGGCGCUCCGAGUCAUGACGAGCGACCUCGCAUCGUCGACCAGUCCUCCCACGGAUGACGACGAAGACAUUGAGGACGAGGAGGAUCUCUUCAAGGACGAUUGCACGGUGGAGACGGCAUCUGUCGUCGUGCAACCAUAUGGCCAUUCUCGCGCCAACACUACAGAUCGCCCUAUCAUUUGUUCGCCUGAAGGGUUUCCGCUCAGGACGCCACCCUUGAACUGGUUCGAGGGCGUCAAGUAUUAACGAAUUCUCUGGGUGUUGGACUGGAGACUCACUUUGCAUGAAACAUUGGUUUUUAUCUCGCUGUCAUAUAGCUCUCGUUACGCUCUAUCAUGCUCUGCUCACGACACACUCACUACCCUCUUGGAAGAUACUGUAUUCACAAACCACAAAUUCUUUAACUGUAACAUCCUGUAGUAGGCAUCUGUAUCGUUAACAUUGAGUCUUGAUUCGAUACCUUUCUUUACCACGUAAUAGACGCAACCUGUAUCAUUCAUGGUCCGGAUACAACCCUACGCCGGAAUCUACUGUCGUUCUCCCGCGGUCAUGAAUCAAGAGACUCACGUCUACCUCUGUCAGAAGAUGUCGCGGUGUAUCACUCCCAAUUCCCACCGCACAUAGUUGAGUU